AUGAAGUUCACAAUUGUAUUAUUCGUUUUGCUGUUUAGCGGCUUGAUUUUAGCCGGAGAUGUUGGUAAUACUGGAACAGGAAAACCUGGCGAAACGCGAUCAGACGGUGAAAACCAGCUUCUGCAACUGAGGAACAAAGAAGGAGCCCGGGUGAUAUUCAGUGCAGCAACCGUAGGAGGACAUAAAAACAUCAAACCCUUCCACAAAGACACCACCUUAAUCUACAGAACAGUGAUGACAAACAUUGGUAAUGCCUACAGUCCAUCUACAGGUAUCUUCACUGCACCGUUUGCAGGUGUUUAUUACUUCACCAUCUUCUUUCACACUGGAAGAGGACAUGAGGCAAAGCUGCUUCUCUACAAGAACAAUGAACACGUACUCACAACCCAUAAUCAGCCAUCAUCUUACACAGCUGAUAACGGAGGAAACGCAGCGUUCCUGAUGCUGCAGCACGGAGACCAGAUGUAUGUGCGCAUGGGUGAAAAUACACCUGCUUGGGGAAGCGACUACCAUACAAUCUUCAGUGGUUUUUCGGUGAAAAUGUUUCCACCAAAAUGA